GUUUAAGUCUUUUUCAAUGUGGUAGAAGUGAAGUGUAGUUAGUAAUUGUGGUGGUGCAGCAAGAAAUAGUUACUGUGCAUUCACCUGCUCGGAAGUCGUACCCUCGAUUGAAUCAACUUGUUUUCUUGCUUUCACUGCCUGUGUUUCAUCAAAUUGAAUCAAUGUCUUACACCUCAUCUUCCUCAAAAUCUAAACCCCAAUGGGUAUACGAUGUGUUCAUCAGUUUCCGAGGGGAAGACACUCGGAAGAAUUUCGUUUCUCAUCUCUAUUCCGCUCUUACAAAUGCCGGGGUUAACACUUUUCUGGACGAUAAGAAGCUUGCCAAGGGGCAGCAGCUGAAACCAGAACUGUUGCAUUCAAUAGAAGGGUCUCAAAUUUCCAUUGUUGUUUUCUCCGAAAACUACAUAUUCUCUAAAUGGUGUCUUGACGAACUCGUCAAAAUCAUGGAAUGCCAUGCUUUCAGAGGUCAAGUGGUUUUGCCCGUAUUUUACGACGUUUUCCCUAGUUUUCUGCGUAACCUGAACGAUGUUUCUUUCGAAGAAGAUAGUGAUCUCAACCGGGUGAAACAAUGGAAGAAGGCACUGAGUGAAGCAGCAGGUUUUGUAGGUUGGGAUGUUUCAAAUUACAGAAAUGAAAACUUUGUUGUGAAGGAAAUGGUUACUGCUGUUUUGGAAAGACUAGAUAGAACAUACAUGUCUAUUACGGACUUUCCAGUUGGAUUGGAAUAUCGUGUGGAACAUUGUAUUGGCUUUCUAAGAAAGCAAACAAAAGGAGCUUAUAUAUUAGGGAUUUGGGGAAUGGGAGGGAUUGGUAAAACAACCAUAGCCAAAGCCAUCUACAAUGAAAUUCGAUAUGAAUUUAAACAUAAAAGUUUCCUAGCAAAUAUUAGAGAAGUUUGGCAAAGAGAUUUUGGGCGGAUUGAUUUACAAGAACGACUUCUUUCAGAUAUCCUCAAAACUGAAAAGGUGAAGGUUUAUAGCAUUGAUUGGGGAAAAGCUAUGAUCAAGGAAACGCUUUGCACAAAAAGAGUACUUGUUGUACUCGAUGAUGUGAAUACAUUUGAACAAUUAAAUGCACUAUCUGCAAAUAGUAAUGGGAUUGCUCAAGGAAGUGUAAUAAUCAUUACAACAAGAGAUGUACGCCUACUCAAUAUGCUUGAUGUUGAACAUGUAUAUGAAGUGGAGGAAAUGAAUGAGAUUGAGUCCCUUGAGCUCUUCAGUUGGCAUGCUUUUAAGGAAGCAAAUCCACCAGAAGGUUUCCUUGAACUCUCAAAACAAGUAGUCACUUACUGUGGAGCACUACCUCUAGCUCUUGAAAUUCUUGGAUCUUAUCUAUACAAGAGAAGAGUAAAAGAGUGGCAAAGUGUAUUAUCAAAACUAAAAGAAAUACCAAAUGAUAAAAUACAAGAGAAAUUGAAAAUAAGCUAUGAUGGUUUAACCGAUCAUACGGAGAAGGACAUAUUCCUUGAUGUAUGUUGCUUCUUUAUUGGUAAGGACAGAGGCUAUGUCACAGAGAUACUAAAUGGCUGUGGACUUCAUGCUGAAAUCGGAAUAACAGUCCUGGUAGAAAGGAGCCUCAUAAAAAUUGAAAAGAAUAACAAACUCGGAAUUCAUGAUUUGCUUCGAGACAUGGGCAGAGAAAUUGUUCGUGGAAGUUCACCACUAGAACCACAGAAGCGCAGUCGGUUGUGGGUUCAUGAUGAUGUACUUGAUAUAUUGACAGAACAUACUGGAACAGGAGUCAUUGAGGGAUUGGCUUUGAAGAUGCAAAGAACCAGCGGAGUUUGUUUCGGUACUGAAACAUUUGAGAAAAUGAAGAGACUCAGACUUCUGCAACUUGAUCAUGUACAACUAGCUGGAGAUUAUGGGCGUCUUCCCAAACAACUGAGAUGGGUUCAUUGGAAAGCAUUUUCAUUAACUCACAUGCCGGAAAACUUUUAUCAGGAAAACAUAGUCGCCAUUGACUUAAAAUAUAGUUAUCUUAAACUAGUAUGGAAGGUGCCCCCGUUUCUGGAGAGGCUAAAAUUUCUCAAUCUUAGUCAUUCCAGGUACUUAUCAAAGACCCCAGAUUUUUCAAAACUACCAAAUCUUGAGAAGCUCAUUCUCAAAGAUUGUCCAAGCUUGUAUGAAGUACACCAUUCUAUUGGAGAUCUAAAUAACCUCCUUCUUCUAAACUUGAAGGAUUGUACGUGCCUUGGCAAUCUUCCAAUGGUAAUCUAUAAGUUAAAGUCAUUACAAACCCUCAUCCUCUCUGGUUGUUCAAAUAUUGACAAGUUAGAAGAAGCUAUAGGAAAAAUGGAAUCCUUAACAACUCUAAUUGCGGACAAUACUAGUAUAAAACAAGUGCCUUUUGCCAUAGUAAGAUCCAAAAAGAUUGGAUAUAUAUCCCUUUGUGGAUAUGAAGGAUUGACACGAAAUGUAUUUCCUUCUCUCAUAUGGUCUUGGAUGUCACAUACAAGAGGAGCUUUAUCCUGUAUUCAACCAUUUGGGAUCACGCCAACAUCUAUAGUUGCCUUGGAUAUACAGGAUACUAAUUUGGUUAACCUAUUAUCAAAGCUCAGUGAAUUUUCAAAACUUCGAAGCAUUUCUGUACAAUGCGACUCAGAUUUUCAACUAACUCAAGAACUAAGAUCAAUUCUGCAUGAGUUAUGCAAUGUAAACUCUUCUGAAUUGGAAAAUGCAUAUCUAUCACCAAUUUCAGAAAAUUCUAUGGUAUCGUGUUUGAUUGGAAUGGGAAGCUACCAGCAAGUCUUCGACAUGCUUAGCAAUAGCAUAUCAGAGGUAUUAAGAACCAAUAGUUCUAAUGAUUUUGUGCUUCCUGGGGACAAUUAUCCUUAUUGGUUAGCCUAUACAGGGGAAGGUCAUUCAGUACCUUUUCAAGUUCCUGAAGAUGGUGAUUGUCGCAUGAACGGAAUGCUGUUGUGUAUUGUUUAUUCAUCAACCCCUGAAAACAUGGCAACUCAAGCUCUUACUAAUGUCUUCAUCUUUAAUUACACAAAGUGCACCAUUGAGAUAUUUAAGCAUGCAACAACAAUGUUAUUUAGUGAUGAAGAUUGGCAGGGUGUAAUAUCAAGCCUAGGACCCGGAGACAACGUGGAGAUUUUUGUAGGUGUUGGUGAUGGGAUCACCGCUAAGAAAACAGCUGUGUAUCUGAUAUAUGGUCAGUCAAUUACAAUGAGAUUGGAGUCACUUGGACUGAAUGCACAAGAAUCACCUGAGCUGAGUGUGAUACUGUCACCUAAAAUGAGUGCACAACCAACCACAGAUGUGGAAAUGGAGGCAAAGAAGCCGAAGAAAAAUACAUUUGCCAAAAUUAGAAAAAAAGUGAGAGUAUGUUCAUGUUUGAAGUAGAUUAAGGGUUUUUGGACACUCCAUUUGUGUAUAAUGUGGUAUCAUAGAGGAACGAAUACAUAUAUAUACAUAUAUAUAUAUA